CUGAAUUGUUACUGCUGUAACCCCAUGAGUGGUAAGUGGUUCAGAAUAUUUCGUCGCUGGUCGCGCACGGACCAAUCGAAUUCUAGCGCCGAUCUCCAUGUCUUUUAUCUUUACGGAAAAUCAUAAAAAAAGUUAGAAAGCAGUGCUGCCGCUGCGACGCCAAGUACCACCAGAAAAUAAUGGCACGACAACGCUCAAAGAAAUCGUCCGGCGAUCAAAAGUCCGUGGAGAAGCAGGCGCAAUCAGAGUUCUCCCAGCAAAAUGGGGAACAGAGCGACAAUGAGAGCGUGGAGAUGAUGGACGCUGGGGAGGAUGAGGAUGAACUCGCGAGAUUGGUGCUUGGUGACGAUACGGGGUUUAUGGCUCAGCUGGGGCAGGAAACGAUGGGGGAUCUUGAUCUUGAGGCGGACAAUGAAGAUAAUGAAUCUCAAUUGGAUGUGGAGGGAGAGGAGGGGGAAAACCUGGAAGACGUCGAUGAUGCUGAGCUUUUCUUUAUGGAUGCAGGCCCUUCGGAAGUCAACGAUAGAGAUUUAAUAGCACGCCCCGGAUCAGACGACGAACAAUCCGACGGCGACGAGCCAGCCUGGCAAGACAGCGACGACGAGAGGCUGACCAUCUCCCUAGCCGGAAACCCUCGACUACGCAAGUUACGAGUCAGCGAAGCAGAAGACAUGGUGACGGGACCAGAGUACGUAAAGCGACUAAGGCGACAAUUCGAGCGCCUAAACCCCGUCCCCGACUGGGCCUCCACCUCCGAGCCGCCCUCCAAACGCCGCCGCAGGUCCUCCGCCUCAUCCAGCUCCUCCCUCUCAGACGACGACAUGGACAUGGACGAAUCGCUCUCCGCCCAACCCCUCGCACAACUCCUCCGCAGCUCCAACUCCCUCAUCACCGCGUCCGCGGACUCCAAGCGCGGCAAGCUACGCCCUGAAGUCAUAAACAUCCAGCGCACUCGCGAUAUACCCAUGGUCCAACCAUCCGCGAUCAGCUCCCUCCAAUUCCACCCCAUCCACCCCGUCCUCCUUUCCUCCGGGCCAGCAGCAACCAUCUACCUCCACCACAUUGCGCCAGAUGCGCUUCCGACUCCAAAUCCCCUCCUCACUUCCGUUCACAUAAAAUCUACCCCUCUACACACUACCGCAUUCCUCGGCCCUACUGGCGAUAAGAUUUUCUUCUCUGGUCGUCGACGCUACUUCCAUAGCUGGAAUCUGGAAACGGGCGAUAUUGCAAAGGUCACGAGUGUUUAUGGGCAAAAGGACGAGCAGCGCAGUAUGGAGCGCUUCAAGCUGUCGCCGUGUGGGCGCUAUAUGGGUUUGAUCGGCUCCUCGAAGAAGGGAGGUGGAAUCGUCAAUAUCCUAGACGCGCACACGUGCCAAUGGAUCGCCGCAGCAAGAAUCGAGGGACGGAAUGGUGUUGCUGAUUUCGCGUGGUGGAGAGAUGGAGAAGGUCUCACGAUUGCUGGGAAGGGCGGUGAGGUCGGAGAGUGGAGCGUUGAGAGUAAAUCCUUUAUCGCGCUCUGGCAAGACGAAGGCGCGGUUGGCACCUCGGUACUGACUCUUGGUGGACGAAGUGGGCAGAAAGAGCUUGGUGGUGAUCGAUGGGUUGUUAUUGGGUCAUCGAGCGGUAUCGUUAACAUCUACGACCGCCGGGCGUGGACGAACAAGGGCGAGGUGAAGAUCCCGAAUCGACCAGAGCCGACGAGGGUGUUCAAGCAAUUGACGACGCCGACGAGUUGUUUGGAGAUCAGCCCGGAUGGACAGUUAUUGGUCAUUUCUAGCAAGUGGAAGAGGGAUGCGCUGAGGUUGAUUCAUCUCCCCAGCUGCACGGUUUAUAGGAAUUGGCCGACUGGGCAGACGCCGUUGGGGAGGGUGAGCGCGGUGGCGUUUAAUCAGUCGAGCUCGCUUUUGGCUAUUGCGAAUGAGCAGGGGAAGAUUAAGUUGUGGGAGAUACGGGUGUAGUUAUGGAUAAUGGGAUUGUUAUA